AUGACCGCUUCGCCAGUGGCCGAGGCACAGGACGUGUGUGCAUCGGAUCCAAACUUUGCGGUUAUAUUUGCUUUCUGCGAACGGUUCGGAGACAGUUGUGGUGUUACUAUUCCUACGUUCCAAGAGCUACAAGAAAUGUUAGAGAAAACUACCGAAGUUCCAGAUGCAUUAGUUGAUUUACAUAUAAAGUUAUUGCGCAGAGUCAAAAAAAGUGUGCAUGCAGAAAAAUGGGAAAGAGCAGUUUUAAAAUUCUGUCAAGAAUAUUCUAUACCAGAAUUUUGGGAAUUAGAACACUAUGGAUACAAAGGAAUUUCUGUAAAACUAAAAUUAAGGAUUUUAAAAACUCUUUUUGAAGCUCAAUUUGACAGUAAUGUCAAAUUUAAGUCUGAAGUUAAUAAAUUAGAGAGCUCUACACUUCAUUCUCAGCCACUAGGUUGGGAUAGAUCAGGCGUAGCUUAUUGGGUCCAAUUUGACAGAGCAUGUAAUCUUCGAGUUUACAAAGAAGACAUUGAUGAAGAUACUUGGAAAAUCGUGGCAAAAGAUAGAAGCACCUUAGUUAAUCUUAUAAAUGAAUUAUCUGGAGAAAAAGACAACACUCUUGACGACAUUGAAGACAGUAAUAGUAUUGAAACUGGUUCAGAUGGUUCAGGUGGUUUAUCUUCAAAUCGGAAUUCAGAAGAGCAAUCUACUAUGUUAUCAAACAGUGCUCCUAUUAUUGAAGAUAACAAAAAAGAAUGUAGUACUACAGAAUCAACUAAUGUUGAAUUAGAAACAAAUGAAUUUGAUCCAAAAGAAAAUCCUCUUGAUAAACCUAUUAAUUAUAAAAGAAAAUUGAAAGAGGAUGACAAUACAUCAAAUAAAAGUAUUAUUCCUAUUGUUGGAGAAGAGAUUGAAGAAUCUGUGAUGAUUGUAAAAGGUGAAGGUUCUGGGCAGGAAUGUGAUACUGGUAAUCCUGAUGAAACAAAUACUCAAAAUGAUACAUCAAAAAAUGAAGAUGUAAAAAAACCAAAAUUAUGGAGUAUUGAAGCUAUUUGUAGUUCAUCUAAAGAAGUCAAAGAAGAAAUAGUAUCUGUUCCUAAAACUGGAUUUUUUUUUGGCGAUGAUUCUGUACCAUGCCUUCAAAAUGUUUCUAAUGGAGAAAAUUCUUGUAUUGAUGACAAAAAAUUAGAAGUGGUUUCAUCGAACAAAAAUAUCGAAGAAUGGAAAAAAAAUAAAAAAAUGAAUGAAGACCUAAAUAAAAAUAAAAAAACCGAUGAAGAAUCAAAAAAUAAAAAAACUGAUGAAGAAUCAAAUAAAAAUAAAGCACUGGACGAAGUUGAUACAACUAUACCACAUAGCAUCAAAUCUUUAAAUUUAGAUGAAUUUUCUAGUAAAAAUGCUUCAAAACAAUCAGUUUUUAAUAUUAAAAUCCAUGAAGAAGAAGUUCAGAUCACAGAACGAAAAGCUAAUGAGGUAUUUACAAAAUCUGAAUCCAGUAUAAAACAUAAUUCAACAAAUAUUUAUGGCUCAACAUCAUUUGACAGCUAUAGUAAACCUCAAGAGUCCCAGAUAAAUAGUAUGACAGACAUUGUUGCAUGUAAUAAAGAUAAUCAACCACAAAUUAGUUACAAAACUAAUAAAUAUGAUACAGAUCAUAAGGUCGAAUGCAAAAAAAUUAAUGUUGAUCAAAUUAAUGAUCAACCAACAGAUCUAACUAAUUCUAAUAUUCACGUGGGUAAAAAAAUAAAAGAACAAGAAAAUUUAAAUGUGAAAUUAGAAGAAAACACAAAAUGCAAUAUUGAUCAACAAUUAAAAGAAAAUGUAAAAGAAGGAAUAGAUCAGCAGUUAGAGAAUGAUCAAGAAUCAAAACCUAAAGUUGGUGAACCUAUUAAAAUUGAUAAACAUACACUUGGCUAUAAAGUACAAUCAAAUGAACAAUUUACAGGUAAAAUCGAUCAAAGUGAUGAUGGAAAAAUAGAUAAUAGUGGUGAAAAAAUCAUAUUAAAUGAAUCAUUUGCAAACACAGUUGGCCAAUAUACUGACAUUAAUGAACAACCAAGUAUUGAUGUAGUUGAGCCAAAUACAUGCAUGUUAGGUACAUCAUUAUCAAAUGUAGUUGACCAAAGUAUUAUUAAUGAUAAUCAAAUAUUGGCUAACAAAUGCAAAACAAUCGAUAUAGAAGAACCAGUAGAUAAUUUAGUUAAAGAAAAUGAACCGGAAAAAUUAUCUGAACAUACUGAACAUGUUCAAAAUACUGAUGAUUUGAAAACUAAUGCUGCUUAUUCUAAUAAUGACAAUUCAUUAAUAAAUGCAAUUGCUAGUAGUAGUAAAGCAUAUGAUCAAACUUCAACAGAUAAUGUCAAUCAAUGUUCCACAACCAUUAAACAAGUUGUUGGUAAUCAAAAUAAUAAUACAUCUAAGAAAACAUCACAUAAUAUAAGCAAUAUUAUAGACACUGAUGUGAUUGUGAUUAACGAUAGUGUUAAAACAAAUAAACAAUUAAUUAAUUCUGGUGAUAUUGAAAUUAAGCAACUAGAACAUUUUCAGAUUACAAAUGAGAAAAACGUUUCUCAAGAAAAAAAAUCAUCUGUUUCAAAUAUAGAUUGCCCAAAAGAUUUUAGUAAUAAACAUAGCUUAAAUAAAAUAUUACAAAAAUUGGAUGAUACUAAGGAAAUAUCUGUAUGUCCAAACUCUAAAUCUUCUAAUGUUGAUUUAGAAGUAGACCAAAUUGGUUUAGUGAAAUCUGAGGUCGAAAUAAAUGUAGAAGAAUCAAAUUUAAAAAGCGAAGAUAUUUUGAAGGAUUUGACUGUAAUUAAAGAAGAUCAAUUAACAGAAAAUGAAAAUAAUAUUUCACUCAUAAAUUCAAGUGUACUAGAAAAUCAAAAAGAGAUUGUUGAUGCGGUUAAUAAAGUAACAAAAAGUGAUAAAGAUAAUGAACUAUCAAAAAUAGCAAUGGACCAAUGCAAAAAAGAUAAAAUAAAACAUGGAAAUUUAAAUGUGAAUCAUGCCGAAAUUAAACAAAAUAAGGCUAAAAAAGAAAAGCACAAAUUAUUUAAUGUCGUAUAUGAUACUGAUACUGAUGUUUGUAAUGAAGAAAAAUUAAAUUUUGAAGAAUUUAAAAGUGUUCCGUGUAACAAAGACGACUCUGUACAAGAGAGUAAAUUGGAAACGGAAUCUCUAAUGGAGAUUGGUGAAGAUAGUGCUGUUGACAUUUUUCAUAGCGAUGAUAAUGAUACCAAAAAAUCAACCAAAAUUUACAAGAAUCUAGAAAACAAAGAAAAACACACAAAUUCUGAUAAAGAUAUAUUAAAUAAAAAUCUCAAAAUAAAAAUAAAGAAUCCGGACGAGGAAGCUAUAUUAAAACCUUCUGAAGAACACAUUGUUACUUCACCAGUUCGUGAGGAUAUAUAUGAAAAUUCCGAUGAAACUAACCAAGAGACAUUUCAGAAAAGUCCUAAAGAAGAGUUUGAUGAUAGCUUAGUUGUACCUCAAACUUUUGAAGAAGAUUACAAUAAAAGUGAAGAAGAGGAAGUUACUGAUGAAACACCAAAAAAGAAAGGGAGACCUGGGCGAAAAAAGGGAAAAAGAGGAAGGGCGAAAAAAAUUAUUACAGUCAAGCAAGAAAGUAUUGUAGAAGAAAAAGUAAAACGACCAUACAAACCUCGUCAAAAGAAAGUUGUUACCAUAUCAGAAGAAGUGACUGUGUUUCCAGAGCCAGCUAGUGAUGACAAUGUGCGUAGAUCAAGGCGUAUUGCUGAAAUAAAAAUAAAGGAACAAUUUAUUCCUACUACACAAUAUGACGAUAUUGAUAUACCUUUAAAGAGUCCAAAGAAAAAAGAUAAAGCUGGAAAGAAAGGGUCAACACCCUCAAAAAAGUUUGAAAAUACUGAAGAAUCUGAUGAUGAUGACGAAGAAGAUCCUAUUUCUAAAAAGUUCAAGAAAAAGAAGAGGAAAGGAAAAUCUGAUUCCUUGAAAAAAAUCAACAUGAUAAAUCCUUGGAAUGUUGAUUCUGAAUCUAGCUCUUCCGAAAAUAACAUAGGAUUAUUUGAAGACUACGAUCAUGAAGAAGAGGAAGAAAUUCCUAGACCUGGGAUUGAGCCUAAUAUUUCAGACCAUGAGUUUUCCCCUGAGUCAGAUAUUAACGAUGAAGAUGAAGAGUAUUUGCCUGAAAAAAGAGCUCGAACUGCUCAUAAAAAAGAUGAAGGUGAACUGUUAAAAGAUGACAUGUGUCAAAAAUGUAACAAAAGCGAUCAACCUGAAUGGAUUUUGUUAUGUGAUACUUGUAAUCAAGGGUGGCAUGCAUCUUGUCUCCGCCCUCCACUUAUGGUGAUCCCUGACGGUGACUGGUACUGUCCACCAUGUCGUCAUCAAGCUCUGUUGAAUGCAUUAAAAGACACUUUAAAAAGAUAUGAUGGUGAAUCAAAAAAAAGAGAAAAUGAAGAAUUGAGACGUAAACGUUUGGCGUAUGUAGGAAUAAGUCUUCAAAACGUUAUAUCAUCAAAAACGGAAGAAGUGAAAUCUGAAAAACUGCCUGUAGAACAUCAGUCUUCUGAAGAUGAUGAAGAGCAAUCAGAAUCAGAAGAAUAUGACUCAGAACCAUUGUACACUUUAAGGGCUCGGCGACAAGCUAAUGUCAGUUACCGUUUUAACGAUUAUGAUGACAUGAUCAAUGAAGCAAUUUUAGAGGAGACUGGUGCUGAUGAUUCUGCUGCAAAAAAAUCACCCGAAGUGAAAACUGAUAAAAAUGAUAAUGAUGAAAAUAAUGAUUCUGAUGACGAUGAAAAUGACAAGGGUAGACAGGAUUCACCAAUUGCACCAGCGUUGUUACAUUUGAGGGGGCGAAAAAAAUCAAAAAAGCUCACAAAUCUAGAUAUCAGUUCAGACGAUGGAUCAGACGAAGAUUUUAAAGGGCCUUCAGACGGAGACGAUGAUUACGAUGAAGAUUUGAGCGAGUAUAGUGACGAUUCCGUCAAAAGACGGCCACAACCAACACGACGUUCUGUGCGGAACCGAAAAAACGUGGUUGAUCCUGACUUUAUCAAUGACGAUUCGAGUGACAGUGAUCAACGUUCCAAAAAAAAGAGAUCGAGACCUUGGUCAGAUUCUUCGAAUAGCGAAGAAGAAGACUUAACUUGGGGAAAAAAGAAAAAAAAACGUACAAAUGCGUACUCGUCUUCGUCAUUAUUGUCCAAAUCGACCAAAGGGUCUAAAAGGAAACGCAGCGAAAACGAUGGUGCCCGAAAAUUUAAAAAAUCUAAGAUCAAGUUCGGUAUGAAUUCGGAUUCAGAUUCAGACGGCCAACCCAAGAGAAGAACAAGAGGACGACAAAUAACUUACGCCGAAUCCGACGAUUCCGAAGAAGAAGUCGUAACGAAAAAGCAAGUGGACGAAGACGAUGCGCUGGCCAGUAACGACGAGAAGGAUGAAGAAGACGACGAAGAAGCAGUGGACGAGGAAGAGGAGGACGAGGACGAAGAGGAAGAGGUCAACCCGAAACUGGUGAUAUCCUCAUCAGGGCCAUCUGCAAUGGCCUCCGAACCGCAUCACGGGGCACACCCACGACUGCUGCCACCGGCAGUUGCCCAACGAUCGGACAAACAAGCGUUGUCGCCAGUCGUCGACCCCAAUCAAGGGUCGCCGGAUAAGCGAAAACGCCCCCCACAGCACCAGCCGAAAAAGUGUCCGUCGCCCAACCCUCUGGUGGACUUCGGGGUGGGUGCCGGCUACCCAUAUGCUCCGGACGCCACCAAAGUGGCGGUGUCCGCUGUCCCGCCAUCGCCCGCACACGCCGCGUACAUCAGACCCCCAGCAGCCGUGUCUGCUGCUGCAGGAGUGUUCAAGACCAUGGUCCCGCGAACUGCGGGUGACGUGGGUUUUCCCGUCUCUCCUGCCCCGUACCGGACGGCAGCCAAUAAAAUGACAGGACCGGCUGCCUACCUGUCUCCGCCACCGCCACCUCAGGUGCAACAAGUGUACCAGGCGCCGACGCCACCGCAGCCGCAGCCUCCGUCAACCAGUUAUUCGCCGUAUCCAAUCGAUUACGCCGCCACCGGAGCUCCGCUACCACCUCCACCACCGACGAUCGCGUUCCGAAACGUGCUCGUAGCGCCGCCGUCGCACGAGCAUGCUCUGCUGCCCAGUGCGACACAGCAGCAGCAAUCGGCAACGGGGGGCGGGGACAGCGAAUUUGGCGGGCUCGUUUCGUAUUUUUCCAGUCAACAAGAAGACGAUUUUGACACAUGA